UCCUCACCCCCUCAGCGCCGCACAGCGGCGAACUCACCGUCGUCGUUAGCCGUCAACCCAUUCCACCAUUUAUUCGGGACGGUUAGUAGGGGCGCCUAAAAUGGCGACCUCCUUGCGCAGCUUCGUUACUUUGACAGAUAGUCGUGUGAUUUUGGAAAUUCGAGCCUGUUGCGAGAUACGCUGACGCGCACCGAGUCGAGGCUUUUCCCAUCUGGAGUCGCGAGGCCCGGAGGUGGAGCCUGACGCAUUGGUAGCGUGGGCGUUCGGACUCUGCGCAGUGCCGCCGGAGAUCAAAGCCAUAAUACACGUUUUUGCGUGCGCAAAUGUUUUCCUCGAAUUUUAAAAAGUUUCUGGCUACUCCUGACUGCUGAUUAGGGAAAGCGAGGAUGCCGUCGUAGAGCUGUGCUGUGCUUUCAAUUUUUUUUAAUUUCUCCGACCGAUUGUCUCUCGCGAGGUCUCUUUGCAUUCAUGAAAACGCUCUUGAAACUCUCAGGAACACCUCGCGUGCACCCCAAGUUAUUCACAGUCAUUUUGGCGCAAUUCUUCUCUAGUUUAUUGCGAUGAUUGGCAAUUUUAUGAAUAUCUGCGGUUCACCUGAUUUGAUGAGGGUUAAAUAAUGGUGAAUUUUUGAAAAUAUUAUUCGCGAAAAACAAUAAGUGCAGGUAUGUCUUGUAAUAAGCACAAUAGAGGUGGAUGGGAAGUAUGGGAAAAAAAUUGUUUGAUACAUAUGAUGUCGAUGCAGAGAGCAUUAAGAGUAAUUGGCAUGGAUGCGAUAGUUCUAUCGUCGUGUAUUAUAAUAGACAGUAGUCCUAAAUGUUGUUGACCUAAAUUAUCAUUGAUAGUAUUGUGGUUCGAGUCGAUCGACCAACAUAAGAGUAAUUAUGGCUGAAAACGACCAGUAUCCUAUACACAAAUGCAUAUUCGAGGGGAAUGUCAAAGCUCUGAGUUCGUUAAUUCGAACUCACGAUAUUUCUGCAAAAGAUAAGCAAGGAAAUACACCAUUACAUUUAGCUAUUAUGCUUGGGAGAAAAGAAUGUGUUCAACUUUUAUUGGCUCAUGGAGUACCUGUUAAAGUUAAAAAUUUAGCCGGAUGGAGUCCCUUAGCGGAAGCAAUAAGCUACGGAGAUAGACAAACCAUAUCAUCUAUUGUAAGAAAACUCAAACAACAAGUAAGAGAACAAAUGGAGGAAAGAAGACCAAAUCUUGUAGAAGCAUUACGACGGAUGGGAGAUUUUUAUAUGGAAUUGAAAUGGGAUUUUCAAAGUUGGGUACCGCUAGUUUCGAGAAUACUACCGUCAGACAUUUGUAGGAUACAUAAAUGUGGUGCCUCUAUUAGAAUGGAUAGUACUCUUGUGGAUUUUAACGAUAUGAGAUGGGAGAGAGGUGACAUAUCCUUUAUUUUUAAUGGAGAUCAAAAACCUAGCAAGUCUUUAACUAUACUUGACAAUAAAGCCAAACUUUUUCAAAGAGUUGGUUACGAGGAAACUGAUCUUGAAAUCGAUGACGAAGUUGACAUCUUGAUGUCCAAUGAUAUUAUGGCAGCUCAAAUGUCAACCAAAGGCAUAACUUUUUCAAGAGCGCAGAGCGGCUGGAUUUUUAAAGAAGACAAAAGAGAAAUGGUCGGACCGUUCAGUGCAGAUUUUUACCAAAUUAAUGGUAUGGUAUUGGAAAGUAGAAAGAGGCGAGAGCAUUUAAGCGAAGAAGAUCUUCAGAAAAAUAAAGCCAUUAUGGAGUCUCUGAUUAAAGGCUCGUCGCAAAGUUUUCAAAAUGGCGAGCCUCCCAUGAGAAGAGCUUCGUUAAAUCCACCACCCGAAUCUAAUAUUAAAUGGGAGGAUUACCAUUCGGCAUUACCUGGUCAGUGUCCAUUACUAGGUAGAAAUCUAGUGUACAAAGAAAGUAGUAAAUCGUUCAAAGCAACAGUGGCAAUGAGCUCAGAUUUUCCAUUAACCGUGGACAUGCUACUGAAUGUUCUGGAAGUUGUCGCACCUUUUAAGCAUUUUAACAAACUGAGGGAGUUUGUGCUAAUGAAAUUACCACCGGGUUUUCCAGUAAAAAUAGAUAUUCCCAUUCUUCCAACUAUCGCGGCGAAGAUAACAUUUCAAGAAUUUGCUUUUAAAAAUGAAAUGAAUCCAGAAUUAUUUCGAGUACCGUCAGACUACUGUGAAGAUCCCACUAGAUGCUACGGAACAUAUUUGACUAUGUUGAUGAUCCUACAUACAGCGUCGACCGUUUGAAGAUAAGAAUUUCUAAUUUCCAGAUUUAUGACGCUUCGAUAUGUUAAGACUAAUCGAGGUAAAUUGUCGGACCAGUUGGGGGUUGCAUUCUUUAUUAAGGGAGCGUUUGGAACUCGAGUUCCCUCUUGGAAUCAAUCUCAGCAGCAUUUAUUCGAGUCACCGUGUAAUAUUCAUUGAAUAAUUAAUUAAUCGUUGGCUCGCGUCUGCCGCAAUUUGGCGCAAUAUGCUGUUCAUUUGUAAUGGUUAACAACAGCAACAACAACAACAACAACAACAACAACAACAACAAAAACAAACAAAA